GAGCGUGUAUAUUGGAAAAUGUCAAUAACAUGCAAUAUAUUUACGAUAUUUACCGUAUUUACCCAGGUCACCGUUUUUAUUGUACUCCAAAAUGCAGAACUUACACUGCUUUUAAUUUCAUACAAAGAAUUAUUUGCUGUAAGGCUUGAUCAUGUCACACUAGUCUGUGAGUCAAGUAGCUGUACCUUGAAACCAGGCAUGUGUCAAACGAAAUGCUUAUCUUGAUAAUAGGAUAAUACCUACGUAUUUAAAUGCGAUAAAUCAUUGCUGGUUUAGCAAAGGCAAUAUUAAUCUGCAUCAUUUCUGAAACUAACGUUUUGCGAAUGCCGGCAGUUAUCCGUGGACAAUUUAGCAACAUCUAAUACCCAAAAUGAUAGAAACAUGUCCUGCUUUUAUUGAACAUUCUCUGGUUCAUUUCCGACAGCGUUUUGAAUGGGACUGUGGUUUGUCUUGUAUUGUAAUGCUAUUGGAUCGUAAAGAAAAAAUAAAUUUUCUAGCUAAUUUCGAGGAAAUAUGCAAGGCCGCAGCAUUCAAAGAGAGUACAUGGACUAUCGAUUUGUGCUAUAUCCUCAAGGAUUUAGGUAUAAAGCAUAAAUAUCUUACAACCACUUUUGGAGCAAAUCCAACGCAUAUUGGAAAAAAGUAUUACAAGUGUUUCGACAAGGAUCAGACACGCGUUAACCAGAAGUUUCAAAAUGCAGAAUCGGAUGGUAUUCCAAUAGAAAUUAGGUCUGUAGAUUAUGAGUAUUUGAUAAUGCAUUUAGCUAAUCAUGGCAAUAUUAUACUAUUAACGAAUGCAUCUCUACUUUACUGUGAUCUUUGCAAAGCGAACAAGUUAACAAUGGACCUAAGAUCUUGUUUCGGGUUGAAAUCAGCUUAUAUGGGACAUUAUAUUAUCCUUUGUGGAUAUGACCAGAGGAUUCGCAAAUUUAUUUAUAGAAAUCCGGCAUUUAAAAAUAAGGUAUGCUUCAUGUCUUUUGAGGCGAUAGAGAGCGCACGUAAAGCCAGCGGAACUGACGAGGACAUAGUACUUAUAUACGAUAAAAAAACUGUGAUUUAAUUUGUGUAAUUGGUUAUUUUCCAUAAAAAUAUUACCUUGCACCUUUUAUUUAAAUAAAUUUUUGUAUUCUUGAAAUCAA